UUUCGAAAACACGAAAUUUCGAUACAUCACGUACAUUUUGCUCGUCCGCUUCGCUUACGCAGUUUUCGAGAAUAGACCCCGGAGGUUGUACGUUUAGUUCGUCCGAAAGUUUACUGCCGCAGUGUUCGAGGCCACGACCGGCCGAUUCGGCCAAGUCUGCGCGUAUAAAACAAUAUUAUAACGUGAUGAGUACAGUGUCGUAGUAACAGUAAAUAAUAAUAAUCAAUCGUGUUAGGUACCCCGUCUUGCGUGUAGCUGUACAAUAUUAUAAUAUUAUCUCGAGUGUAACUUUACGAAGCACAGCUGUUUGCGGUGAUAAGAAAGUUAUUAACGAUCGAUAUAUUUUAAUAUAUUAUUAUGUUAUACGUUUACGGGUAACGAUUGUCGUGCCUACAACUAGACGAUGUUAAACUGCGACUUGCUGCAGUAGUUAUUGCCUGAAAACCUAAUGUCCGCCGUGCAUUUGGUUUGCGUUCGUUUGCUCGGGAUGCUGCGAUUUGGCUUUUGGUUUACGUAACACAGUGCGGGUUUGAUAAAAAGAAAAAUGUCGAUUUGGGACGCCAGUGGCUCGUUUUGCUUCGAGACGAUCGACCCGAUGCGAGACGUACGUGCUGGGCUGGUGCGCGAGGUGGGCUCGUUAGCGACAUGGUCGGUGUCCUCGUGUAAACCCGGUUUUGGUGUUAACCAAUUAAGAGAUGACAAUAUAGAAACAUACUGGCAGUCAUGUGGUCAACUUCCACAUUUAGUUAAUAUUCAGUUUAGACGUAAGACUGUUGUGAGUGAUGUAUAUAUAUAUGUUGACCAUAGACUUGAUGAAAGCUAUACACCAAGUAUCAUAUCAGUUCGCGCAGGUAAAAAUUUUAAUGACUUACAAGAAGUUGAAUUAGUCGAACUGUGUGAACCAUAUAGUUGGAUAAGAAUAAAGAUCAAGGAUAUCCAUAGUUUAUCAUUGAAAACUCAUUUACUACAAAUUGCAAUUUUAAAAAAUCAUCAAAAUGGAAAUAAUUGUCAUAUUAGACAAAUUAAAAUACAUUCACCUAUUUCGACAAAAGAUUUUCUCCUUGGCAAUUUUAGCACUGUGGAAAUGAGACAAUAUACAACUAUAAAAUAAAAGUCCUAAUCCUAUUAAGUAUAACCAUACACAUAAUGACAAAAUAUUUUAAACUAAAUAAAUAUUAAUAAUAAUUUUAAUCUUAAAAAUAUACAUCAGCUUUCAUAAUAAAUAAUAUUGCAACAUUUUCCCAUCCUAACAAAAUACUUAAGAAUUGAAAAAAAAUUAGUGUUUUAGUAUCUCUUCAUCUACUCUUUCAUACAUUGUUAUUAAUUUUAUGUUUGUCAUACAUUUUUUUUUUUUAUACAUUUUUUGAUACACAAAUUUAUAUUAUAU